GCUCAGGGCGUGGUCAGCGGGGGCUACUUAGGGCAGCCAGUGCGGGGAACUGCGCGGAAGCUCUCUCUGAGAAGCUCUAGCUGCAGAGCACUCUGCGCUGGUCAUGGCGUGGAUCCUGGAUUGCCUCUUCGCCUCGGCCUUUGAGCCCCGCCCCCGGCGUGUGAACGUCCUAGGAGGAGCCCCAGGACACAACCCGGAGCACAGGACGAAGAUGAUAUCCAUUCACAGCCUCUCCGAGCUGGAGCGUCUGAAGCUGCAAGAGACUGCUUACCACGAACUCGUGGCCAGACGUUUCCUCUCAGAAUUCAAACCUGAGCGAGCUCUGCCUGACGACCGUCCCAACACCUUGGAGAAGUGGUUUCUGCUUCUGAGAGGACAAGAGAGUGUCGCGUCACUCAAGACAUUUGGCGUUCGUCUGGAAGAGGUGCUGGUGAAUGAGAUUACCCGCCGCAAGCAUCAGGAACUGACAGCCGCGAUGCAGAUCGAAGACGCAAACAUGCAGGCUGCUGGCCGUCGCCGUCGUCGGGGAAACGUGGUGCAGAGGGUGGUUGGCCGCAUCAGGCGCUUUUUCAAUCGCCGCCGCGAGGAGCCCACUCUGCCCCGGGAGUUCACUCGCCGUGGUCGUCGAGGUGCAGUGUCUGUGGAUAGCCUGGCCGAGCUAGAGGAUGGGGCCCUGCUGCUGCAGACCCUGCAGCUUUCCAAGAUAGCCUUUCCAAUUGGCAAACGACUUCUCGGGUCCAAAAGGAAGAUGAGCCUCAAUCCCAUCGCUAGACAGAUCCCCCAGGUUGUGGAGGCUUGCUGCAGCUUCCUUGAGAAGCAUGGAUUGACCACUGUGGGACUUUUCACAAUGGAGUACUCUGAGGAAAGAGUGCGCAAGCUGCGUGAAAAAUUUGAUAAAGGUCUGGAUGUAGUGUUCGAUGAAAAUCAGAGCGUGCAUGAUGUGGCUGCACUCCUUAAGGAGUUUUUCCGUGACAUGAAGGACUCUCUGCUGCCAGAUGAUCUAUAUAUGUCCUUCCUCCUGACUGCAACUCUGAAGCCUCAGGACCAACUUUCUGCCCUGCAACUGCUGGUUUACCUGAUGCCACCCUGCCACAGUGACACCCUGGAGCGCCUGCUGAAGGCCCUGCAUAAACUCACUGAGAACUGCGAGGACUCCAUUGGUGUUGAUGGACAGCUGGUUUUUGGCAACCGCAUGACUUCCACCAACCUAGCUUUGGUGUUUGGAACUGCUCUCCUCAAGAAGGGAAAAUCUGGCAGCCGGGAAUCCAGAAAGACAAAACUGGGGAUUGACCACUAUGUUGCUUCAGUCAAUGUGGUCCGUGCCAUGAUUGAUAACUGGGAUGUGCUCUUCCAGGUGCCUCCCCACAUUCAGAAGCAAGUUGCCAAGCGUGUUUGGAAAUCCAGCCCUGAAGCCCUGGAUUUCAUCCGUCGCAGGAACCUGAGGAAGAUCCAGAGUGCACGGAUUAAGAUGGAAGAGGAUGCUUUACUUUCUGACCCAGUGGAAAGCUCUGCCGAAAUCCGGGCUGCUGUCCUUGCUCAAAGCACACCCUUUGAUGAAGGUUCCUCUGAGGAGCCCGCUGUGCCCACCGGCACUGCCCGUUCCCAUGACGAUGAGGAAGGAGCGGGUAACCCCCCCAUUCUGGAGCAAGACGUCCCAUUGCUCCAUGUGCCCCAGGAGAAGGAGGCCGAGUCUGGCAUCAGCCACCUCUUUCCUUAGAUGUUUCUCCUUCUGCGCAGUGCCGGACAGGGGAAAAGGGUGGGGGUAGACCUGGAAUGUCACAGGAAACCAUCAGGAGAGUCUUGAAAGCAAAGGUCUGAGGGUAAGAAGGAGUUCCACCUGAUGCUCGGGUCAGGCUGAGAAUUUCAAACACACUGCCAGCCCCUUGGUGGGGGAAGCUAGGUACCUUCAGUUGGUCAAAGCAGAUCUAUUUCUGUGUCAUGCCCAGGCUCCCUGGUGCUACCUUGCCUUUCUCUUUUACCCCUGAUCUUGGCUUUCCUUCAGUGCAGCCCUCCCUUUAAUUGAUGUGACAUUUGUGGUAAACUCCCACCCUAGAGAAUUUCACAAAUCUCGAGGUGCUUUCCCUCCCCCCAGAGGAUUGCAUGCUUUUCCUACCUUUCCUACCCCCCUCCUGAAAGCUCAACUGGAAAGGCCCUCAAGAGGCAUGCUAAGACAUUAAGUCAGUCAACAGACAGCUUAUAAACAACGCUAAACCAUGUCAAACCAACUCAUAGUCGUGUCCCCACCGAUCUCCACUGCCUCAGAAUAAAUUUUUCCCAAAUUAUUUAGAUCAUUGGCUCAUCAAAUAGUCACCCUCCCCUCCAAAUUCUGUGCAGUUUUGCUCAGAUUACACCAACAGGGAAACCUCAAGUGUAAUCUUAUCAUGUUUUUCCCAGUCAAAAGUUAGAGAACAAAUUUGAUUUUAUUAGCAGGAUCAAUUUUACAGACAGCUGACAUUCACACCCUGUUGUCAGCAAAAACAGUUAUGUAAGGAUACAUAAUUCCAAGUAGUUAAAAAAAGAAGCAACUAAUUAUAAUAGUUCUUAAACUGUCGUCUCUGUAGAUCCUCUAUGCAGGACAAUACAAAUUUGUGGGGCAUGCUCUGGUAACACACAAGUAUGGGUUAUGUAUGACAUCCAAAAUUAUACCUGAUAUUGAGGGGGUAACAAUGGCUGAGGUUCCUAGAAUGAAGAAUGUAUUGUAUUGAGGGGCAGUUAUUGAUCACACAAUGGGUAACAACUGAAGAACUCGAAGAUUUGUGAUUGUGUUAAAACUUCUCUGGCAUUUAAUCAUUAAUAAACAUCUGUAUUGUGGCAGCAGCAUA